AUGGAUUAUUAGCUUUUGAUUAGCCCGCCUAGCUCAGUCGGUAGAGCGCAAGACUCUUAAUCUUGUGGUCGUGGGUUCGAGCCCCACGGCGGGCUAUAACCCUUUUUUUUAAUAUUAUUGAUAGGAUUAAGAAAAAUAAAUUUUUUUAAAAGUAAACAAGUCUUAUUGAAUAAAAAGGAUUUGAGCAGUAUGAGCUAAGUAGAAAAAGACCAAGAUUUAAAUAAAAAAGAACAAGAAUAGGAAGACGAUUUGUUCGGUGAUUUCAACGUUUCUAGCUAAAAUGAGUAGAAUAAGCUAGAAAAUACUUAGAGUUAAGCAUUGAGCAAUCAUAUUAAUCAAGAAGAAGAUUUAUUUGGAGAUUUUUAAGAAUAGAACAAUAAUAACAACUAAAUAAACUAGUAAACAAUUUAAAUUAAUUAAAAUGAAGGCCUAUCUAAUGAAGGAUAAACGAGCAAACCAAAUUAAAUUGAAGAAGAGGAUUUGUUUGGAGAUUUUGAAUAACCAGCAUUUUAGGAUAAAUUAGUCAGUAAUAGCCAAGCUGCACAAGAAAAUAGUGUUUAAGAUGUUUAAGAAAUAAUUUAGAAUGAGUAAAAAGAGGAUGAUUUAUUUGAAGAUUUUAAUAAAGGUAAUUAAGAAAACACAGCAAAAGAAAUACAAAAGUAAUAUUCAUAAUCUCAGCAUGCUAAUAAAUAAGAUGAUAUUCAAGCUAAUUAAGAAGACGAUUUAUUUGGUGAUUUUGCUUAAAAUGUUUAAGUUGUUUAAGAAGGUUCUUAAGACUAAAAAAGCGAUUCGAAUUAGGAUCAUAAUACUUUGAGUAAUAAGCAAAUUGCAAUCCCUGAUUUUUAGUAAAAAGAACCAGAACAGAUUGACUAAAAUGUAGUUUAAGAAGAUAUUUCUUAAAGUUCAGGAUUACAAAAUGAAUUAAAUAAUUUAAAUCAAUAAAACACAAUUAAUCAAAAUAAAGAUUUUGAUUUAUUUGAAGAUUUUUAACAAGGUGGUGAUAAGAUUGAAGAAAAACUUCAAGAAUAACAAAAAACAGUAGAUAGUUAAUCUAUAAGCAAAUAAGAAUAGGUUUAAAGUCAAGAACAAUAAAAAGAUGACUUAUUUGGAGGUGAUGAAGAUAGAGAUAUUAAAAUUAAUUAAAUCUAAGACAAUGAGAACACAUAAUAGGAAGUUUAAGAAAAUGAAAUUAAAAAUUAAGAAAUUUAACAAUAGGAUUAAUAAGUUAACGAUUAAAAAGACGAUAAAGAUUUAUUAGAUAAUUUGGGAUAAGAUAUUGUAGAAAGUGAGUUGAAGUAGUAGCCAAGAUAAUAAUAAAUUGAUAAUGAAAUUCAUUAAAAUUAAAAUGAAGAAAAUUAAUAAAAUAUUUAAACAUAAGAUCAACCUUUACACUAAUAGAUAUAGCAUUAAAUUCAUGAUUAAAAAAUAGAAGAAAAGGAUACAGAAAAUAUUUAAUUAAAUCCUAGUUAAGUACUUAAUGUUAAUGAAAAGUAAAAUGUUUAAUAACAAAACUAAAAUGAAGAAGAUUUAUUUGGUGAUUUUAGUGAAACACAUCAAAAAUAAGAUAUUAUUAUUUUAGAUAAAUAAAACAAUGAAUCAAAUAAUGUUGUUAACUCUAAUUAAAUUACUAAUGAUAAUUAAAUUUUACAUUAAAAUAUGACUGAAAAUAAUGAAGAUAAUGAAAUCUUAACAAAUAAUUAAAAUACAAACUAAGUGACUCAAGCUUUAAAAAACAACGAAAAUAUUUUCGAAAAUUAAAGUGAAAAUAAAGAUAUUAAGAAUUAAGAUUUAUUUGAUAGUGAUAUAAAUGAAGAUAAUGAUAAAUAAAAUAUUGAUUAACCAACAGUAGAAAUAAAAUAAACUUUAGAAAAUUAAGAUAAACUAGAAUAAAAUUUGUUACCUAAUUAAGAGUUGGCUGAAAGUUAAUAAAAUUAGGUUAAUGAUUAAAUUGAAAAUCGUAAUGAUGACCUCUUUGGUGAUGAUUCAAAAAACUUAGAAUAAUAAUAAGACUAAUAAAAGCAAUUUGUAGGAGAUAAAUAGGAGGACUUAUUUGAGGAUUUUAGUUAAACUGAAAAUUAAAAUUAGACUGAGAGUAAGGAUAUUCAAUCAGAAUUAGGAUUAGAUAAUUAGGUUAAUAAAACUUCGAAUUAAGUAAAUGAAGAUAAAGCUUAAUCAGAGUAAAAUUAAUUACCAAAAGGAGAUGAUAAUCUUUUUGGAGAUUUUGAUGAAAUUAAUUAGAUUUAGUAGUAAGAUAAGAACGAAAUGUAAAUUUAAAAUCAUAAAACUCAAGAAAAUGAUGAAUUAACAUAAAAAAAUUAAGAAAAUCAAGAUCUAUUUGAUUAAAUUGAUUAAAGUCAAUAAAAUAAUGAUGAAAAUAUAGAUUUUACUUAAAAUUAGUAAUAAAUAGUGAAGGAAGCUUCACAAACAGAAAAAAAAGAAGAAGAAAAUAAUAUUGAAAAGCAACAAAGCGUUUUAAAUUAAGGUGAUUAAACAACCUCUAAGGAAUAAAUAAAUUUUACAGAUAAAUAAUAAGAAGACUUAUUUGGUGAAUUUGAAAAUUUAAAUUCAAUAUAAGAAUAAAAAUAAGAAUAAAACUAACAUUAAGAAAGUAACCAAAGUACAGCUUUAUAAGAAAUAAAAAAAGAUUAAAAUAAUGGAGAUCUUUUUGGGGUUUUAGGAUAAUAGGAUAAUUCAAAUUCAAGUUAAUAAAAAGAUUCAGAGUAAGUUGAAUAAUUAAAUCAGGAAAAUAAAAAUAAAGAUGACUUAUUUGAUUCCUUUGAUGAUGCAAACUAAAAUUAAAAAUAGAUUUAAUAAUAAUCUGAUGUUUUAUAAAAUGCUGUAAAUAUAAACUAAGUUUAAAAUUAAAAAGAAAAAGUUGAUUUAUAAGAAUAAAAAAAUCAUGAAAAUAAAGAAAGCGAUGAUCUGUUUGGAGACUUUGAAAAUAACAACUAAAACUAGUAAAAAAUAUAAGAAUAGCCAGUUGCAGAUAAUAGCCAAAAUAUAGUUUAGAUUGAUGAAUAAAAAGAUAUUAAUAAUGAAAAUAUUUUGGGAAAAGUACACGAAAUUAAAUAAUAGUAUAAUGAAUAAGUCUAAGCUUAAGAAAAUGCAAAAAAAGAGAGUGAUGAUUUAUUUGAUGACUUUGAAAAUACAAAUACCAAUUAAAUUUAGAAAUAGCAUUAAGAAUAGAAUUUGGUUUAAGAAAAUGAUUAAAAUGAAGUUAAAUAAAAAGAAGAAGGAGACGAUGAUAAUUUAUUUGGAGGUUUUGAUUAAGUUAAUUCAAAUUAAUAAUAAUAAAAAUAGAAUACCUAAGAUUAAGUAAAAAUUUAAGAAUAAUAAGAAUAGCAGUUAAGCCAUUCAAAACAAGAAAAUGAAGAUCUAUUUGGUGAUUUUGAAAAUACAAACACUCAUUAAAUUUAGGAAUAAAUUUAAGAAUAAUCUCAUGCUGAUGAUUCAGAUAAUAACCAAAAACUUGUUUAAUAAAAACCACAAUAAAAUAAUAACGAUGAUGAUCUGUUUGGUGAUUUUGAAAAUACAAAUACUCAGUAAACUUAGUAGUAAAUUUAAGAGUAAACUCAUACUUAGGAUUCAGAUAAUAAAUAAAAAAUUGAUUAAUAAUAACCAGAAUAAAAUAAUAAUGAUGAUGAUCUUUUUGGUGAUUUUGAUAAUCCAAAAACUCAUUAAACUUAGUAAUAAAUUUAAGAAUAGUCUGAUGCUUAGGAUUAAGAUAAUAACCAAAAAAUUGAUUAAUAAUAACCCGAAUAAAAUAAUAAAGAUGAAGAUCUAUUUGGUGAUUUUGAAAAUAAAAAUACUGAUUAAUCUAAUUAGUAAAUUCAAGAGUAAACUCAAGCUUAGGAUUCAGAUAAUAAAUAAAAAAUCGAUUAAUAAUAACUAGGAUAAAAAAACAACGAUGAUGACCUUUUUGGAGAUUUUGAGAAUAUAAACACACAGUAAACUUAAUAAUAAAUUCAAGAGUAAACUCAUGCUGCUUAGCAUUCUGAUAAUAAAUAAGAAAUGGAUUAAUAAUAACCAGAAAAAAAUAAUAAUGAUGAUGAUCUUUUUGGAGAUUUUGAGAAUACAAAUACUCAAUAAACUUAAUAAUAUAUUCAAGAGUAAACUCAUGCUGCUUAGCAUUCUGAUAAUAAAUAAGAAAUGGAUUAAUAAUAACCAGAAAAAAAUAAUGAUGAUGAUGAUCUUUUUGGAGAUUUUGAGAAUACAAACACUCAUUAAACUUAAUAAUAAGUUUAAGAAUAAUCUCAUGCUUAGAAUUAAGAUAAUAACCAAAAAAUUGAUUAAUAAUAGCAGGAAUAAAAUAAUAAUGAUGAUGAUGAUCUAUUUGGUGAUUUUGAAAAAUCUGAUAUAAACUAGAAUUAAAAUUCAUAGAAUUAAUAAAAGCAAUAAGAUAAUAAUGAUUUAAAUGAUUUUGAAAUAGUCCAAAGCAGUAAUUAUAAAGAAAAUCAUGAAGGAUUAGAAAAAAAUACAAGUUAGCCAAUAAAUUCAAUAGCUUGUAAGGAUGUGAGUGCAUAAUCUAGUAAUCAACUAGGAUAAUUAAAUAUAAGAAAUGGAUAAAAUAACAACGAGGAUUUUUUUGGAGAAUCUGAAGAAAACUAAGAUAAAUAAGAAGUUAAAAAUUAAGUUAUUAACAGUGGUAAUUAAAAUUAAGAAGACUAAUUUGAUGACUUUGAAAUAUAAGCAAGUGAAUAAAGAGCAGAAAAGGAACUUAGAAACGAAAUUAAGAAUGAUGAAGAUGAUUUUGGUGAUUUUAAUAACGUUUAAAACUAAAGCAAUAAUUAAGAAAUUCAAAAAUAAGAAAUUUCUGAAUAAGAUGAUAUUGGAGACUUUGAAUAAGUUGAAAAUAUCAAUAACAAAGAAUAAAACAACAAUGGUCUAAUUAAUUAAAUUGAUAGCCAAAAUAUUGAUAAAAUUCAUUAAGCUAAUGAUGAAGAUGAUUAAUUUGGAGAUUUUGAUGAAGGUAAAAAUUAACAAAAAAUUUAAAUUGAUAGCGAAUAAAAAAGAGAAUAAGAAAAACCUGAGAUUGAUGAGGAUGAAUUUGGUGAGUUCAAUAAUACUUAAAAUGAAUAAGUUAAAGAAGCUGCUAAUUAAAAUAAAGCUGAUAAAAGUGAAAGCUAAGAUGAUGAUUUUGGUGAUUUUGAAGGAGAUUAACCAGUUUCUUAAUAAUAAAAUAAUUAACCAUAGCAAUCUUAAGCAAUUAAUAUCUAAAAAACAGAAUAGAUAAAUAAUAAUGAAGAUGAGGAUGAUGAUGAAUUUGGUGAUUUCAAAGAAAAUACACCAGCUUCCUAACAAUAAAAUAUCUCAAUAUAAUAAUAGUAAUAAAUAACUCAGCCAGUAAAUAAUAAUUAAAAUCAAAACGAUGAUGAGGAUGAUGAAUUUGGAGAUUUCGAUAAUCCUCCUGCUCCUGCUUCAUAACAAUAGAAAAUUUAAGAAGACCAAAAAGUCUAAUAAGUUAAUUAGGUUUAAAAACAAUAAUAAAAUGAAGAUGAUGAUGAUGAUUUUGGCGAUUUUGAUUAGAGUGUGCCUUAAAAUAGUAAGCCUAUAAAUUCUAGUGCCCUACAAUCUUUUAAUUAUUAACUACCACCUAAUGAAAACGAUUUUAGUAUAGUUGGAAGAGAUAAUGAUUACCUCAGAUUUUUAAAUUACAGACUGAGCGAAUAAAUAGGAUGUAAGUCUACAAAUUAUGUAAUGAAUUUUAAUGUUGAUGAAAAAUAAAAGAUCAAUAUGUAAUCUGUUAGCUCAACUAUGGAUGAGUUUAAUAAAAAGUUUUAGCAAAUUAAUCAAAAAUCAGUUGGAAAUGAGAAUUUAAAAAUUAUAAGUCAUCUUUAUUUAGAUAAAAAAACCACUAUAGGCAAAAAUAGGUUUAAACAUGAAAAGAGAAUAAUUGAAGAUCCAAUGAAGACAUGCCAAGUUAAUUUUUUAAAAAGAACUAAAUAAGUUUGGAAAGAUUCUGAUCUAAAAAAGAAGUUGUUUUAAAGCUUAAGAUUGAAAGAAGAUGAUGAAGUUAAAAUAGGUUAUGAAGAAGAACUUUAGUCUCCAACUAUUCAAAAGGAAAAUAGCUAACAGUAAAGUGGAAGUUUUGAAAUAUAAAUGAAAUCAGCUAACUCCAAUUCAGAGAUGUCAAAUAAAGAUUAAUAGCAAUAACCAAAUGAAAGAUAAAAGCUUGAAUAGCAAAAAUCCUAAGAAUAAGCAGAUAAAAAGAAAUAAAAAGAAGAAGAAAGUGCAUAAAUAGCCAAAAAACUUUAAGAAGAGUAAGCAUAGAAAGAAAAAAUGCAAAGAGAGUAGAAAUAGAAAGAAGAAGAUGCCAAAAGAAAAUAACUUGAAGAAGAAGCAAAGAGAAAAUAGAUAGCUGAAGAGUAAGAAAGAAAAUCUAAGCUAGAAAUUGAACAAUUAGAGAAAAAGAAGAAAUAAUUAGAAGAAGAAGAAAUAUAAAAAAAGGAAAAAUAAAGUAUCUUAGAACAGCAGCAAAAAUAAUAAGAAUAGCUUGAAAAGUAAAAGAAAGAAGAAGAGGAACUAAAACAAAGAUAGAUAUAAUAACAGAGUUCAUCAUAGUAACAUGAAGAUGAGUUUGAGCUUGAGUUCGAUGAUUUCUAAAGUAGUAGUGCUCAGCCACAAUAGGCUUAGGAUCAGAUAGCUUAACAAUAGUAAGCUGAUAUAUCUAAAUCUUAAAAUUAAGUAAGCUAACCUAUAAAUAGUUAAUAAUAGCCAUAAAAUUAAAAUAAUUUAUAAGACGAUGAUGACUUUGAUAUAUUUUAAGGAACUUCGACUAAUUAAACUAGUGCUUAGCCAUAAUAAGUAAGUAAUCAAUAAUCAAUUGGGGUGAAUUUGUUGGCUUUCAAUGAUGAUAAUGAGACUGAAAUUAAUCAAGCUAAACCAAUAUAAUAAAUAGCAGAAGAGGUUCCAAGCCUUUAUGCCUUAGCGAAUAGAAAUAAUAAUUUAUAGAAUAAGAACGAUAAUGAUGAUUUUGAAUAGUUUGAUGAAUUUGUUGAGGCUAAGCCUUAAGUUUAACUAGAUCCUUAAGCAGAGGAGUUUUUGAAAUCACUUCCUAACUAUGAUUUUGUCCUUUCAAAAAAUAUUCACUAUCCUAAAGAUUUAUUUAUGUGA